AUGUUCCCCAGAACUCCAAUAAACUAUCUACUCAUAAACUUAGCAGUUGCUGACAUGACCGCAGCCACUUUCUUCCUAGCACAAUACAUUUUUCUCAGCCCUUCUGCACACCCAAAUGGCGUUUUUGGCACGGCGCUAUGCAGAUUAGUGACAGGUGCGACAGCGGCCUAUAUUGGAAGUGCUGCGUCGGUUGCUACACUGGUUACCAUAGCAACUGAGCGUUACUUUGCAGUGAUACAUCCCCUUGCUACCAGGUUAAAGCUUACUACUCGGAAACUAAAGGUAUAUGUGGGGAUUGUCAUACACUAAGUAACUUUUUCUUUGGAAAGCCGUGAGGUUUGUUUGUGACUCGGCACGAUUGAACACUGAAUACCUCAUCAAUGAGAAAAACAAGACCUUACGUUGCCUCGAUAUAGGCUGGCCACUAGCCAAAAGACUUUCAGCUACCGUGGGGCAAAACUUUAUAACAGUAUAUUUCAACGCUUUUAAAAAGAGAAUUUUUAAAUAUCUUUUUAAUUCAUAAAUAGUUUUUUUAUUAUUGUUGAAAUGUAAAUAGCCUUUAAAAUUAACGUUCAUUAUUAUUUAUAGAAAUUCGUUAUUUUAUCAUUGAAAUGUAAAUAGUUUUCUAGUUUAUUUUAUUUCAUUUUAUUUUAAUUCGUGUAUGUAUGGCGGAAGAGCCCCCAAGGGGGAGCUAUGCAAUAAAGUAUGUAUGUAUGUAUGUUUGUAUGUAAGUAAUGUCACAAACGAGAAGUGUAAAAGAUAAUAAAGACGGUUGAAUAGAGAGAUAAAUGACUGAACAUUGUAAAAAAAAAAUAAAUAAAAAAACGUUAAUUUUCAAAUCAAAUGCGGAAAUCCCAUUUAGAAAUUACUCAAUUGUAUGGUGCAAGAGUACCUGUUAUGUAAGCGAGAGGCAGCACAACCUAGGCGGCACAGAAAAUAGUGUAAGCAUGUUGAACAGAUGCGUACCAUAAAGGGCGCAACCUGGUGGAACUGAAUCAUUCAUUUUCAAAAUAAGUCAGUGAAUAAUUUUGGUGUAUUUUCAGGUGAUUAUAAUUUGUUCUUGGAUUUUUGGAGUCUUUAUGAACAUUCCAAUGUUCUUCUUUGGCGAAUAUGACGAGGAGGAAGAUGAGUGCACUGAAGUUUACCCUGAAGUGUGGAUAGAGAAGGCCUAUUCUGUGACUUGGUUCCUGUUCACAGCUUUCCUUCCUGUUUCUUUUAUGAUCGCUCUUUACACACGAGUUAUGUAUUCUUUGUGGUUUAAGCAUGGACAACACAAAACACAACAGGUUUGACGAAUUUUUGAAUAUCUUGCUUACCAUCACCCACGUCAUUGUAAAAUAAAUAAUUCUCUGCUGUACUAACUAUUAUUAUUAUUAUUAGUGUUAGUAUUAUUAUUAUUAUUCUAUUCUUAUUAAUGAACAUGUAUCAAAGACCACGUAACCAAAUGAAACGAUAAGUAAUAGGGACGAGAUUGGGAAAAGUAAAGAAAAAAAACCGGAUGUGAUAUUUCAGUCGCACCGGCCUUUUUAUCUCAGAUUUGGAUAUGGGGGUGGCCUUGCAAGAAGUAGCAACCGCGCACAGCUUAGGGGUACCCAACGACCGUUUCCUCCUAAAUACAUUGAAAACAAUUUUAGGUUAUCAAGAGUACUUUUAAGAGCUUCUAAGUACGAGAUUCUAAGUGGCGCUAACAAAUUUGUAUCUGUUCGGUCAUCUUAGGGGAACUUGAGUCUUUCCAAAAUUAUAACGGCUUGAGUAUUAUUUUCCCGAACAUUUUUGGAUGCAAUUUGACGUAUUACGAAAGUGAGACAUUUUCUGAUUCCUCUCUCCAUCACAUUUUUGAAUCCGAAAAUUUUAGGUUUCCUUUUUUCUCAGAAAAAUAGUCUAACUUGGGAAGUAAAACGUGAAAAUUAAUUUCAGAAAAUCGUAGGGGAUUUAUUAGAUAAGCUUUGAAAAUGGUACAUGAAUGGAACAGUAACCUGGCAACUUUUAGCCGUCCUCAAGUGAUAGAAAAUUCUGGGCAAUAUUUACUUCUCCGAACAGAUAUUUUACAGAAAACAGUUGUUGGGUGCCCCUGAUAGCUGGCGAUCGAUUGUUUCUAGAUUCGUGAGAGGUGAGAAGUUUUACGUGUGAGUAAGUUGAAAUUUACCACCUCUUAACUGUUUUUCAACAGGUUUUGGUGAGGGUAAGAAAGCGUGUCACCUUGAUGGUAGUCACAGUUAGUGUCAUCUUUGGAGUAUGUUGGCUCGCUGACUCAAUUAACUACAUCUUAACCACGUUUACCUCUAUAUACGAUAGCAGUGACUUGUCGUAUGUGACAACUGGAACAUUGGUCUUGUUCAACUCCGCCAUUAAUCCAUUUGUGUAUGCCCUAGUAAACCACCAAUUUAGGGUCAAUAUUAAAGCAAUGAUAUGCUGCCGUUGCCGUCCAGCAAGUAGAAGGCAUUCCGAUAUUUCAAAGCUGUCAACG